CUUACUCGGAUCUACAGAUCAAAUUGGUCAACCCAAUAAGCAACAAAACUGCAGGAAGAGUCGAAAUAUACCAUCCUUCCUUUGGCUGGGGUACUGCCUGUAGUCUUGGGCUGCCGUGGACUAUGGUGGAAGGUGGUGUUGUGUGUCGUCAGUUGAAUUUCACUGGAGCGAACGCAGUAAUGAGGAAAAGCUACCCCUAUGGCAGAGGAAGUGUUCCAGUAUUGCUUUGGAACAUUAAGUGCACUGGCAACGAAACAUACAUAUGGGAAUGCAGUCACAAUGGAUGGAAUGUGUAUUACCCUGACUGUAACCUUCAUCAUUGGGAUGUGGGUGUUGAUUGUUCCUGA